GGCAUCCUCCUGUCCCAUCGCAUUCAUUCUUGAAAAGCUGGGAGAGGGGGAAAUAAAUCUUUUGAGGCUUUAAAGCCCGUGAACCCAACAAUAUUCUUUGUACCGGAAACUGAUGCAGAAUGCACAGGAUUUCAUCAUAUCCCCCAUCUGAGAAUAACAGCAUAGCUACAGUAAACAAUAUUCCCAUGGAUUUCCAUGCAGAACCAAGAGAAAGCCAGUAAGUACAAAGACGUCAACCCAUGUCAACCGUCAUUCUGCCUCAUACCCAAAUCUCAUGGACUCUUGCUCAGCUGACUAUGAAAGCCCAACACUUCAGAAAUACCACCAGCAGGCUUUGGUCUCUUCCAGAAUGUUGUUUCUCUUCCUUGAACCUGAGUGGACAACGCUCCUAUGGCACAGAAGUAGAAAAGAUUGGCGAGCGACCUGUCCUCAUCACUGGCUGUGACUCUGGCUUUGGCUUCAAGCUGGCCAAGCACCUGCAUGGAAAGGGCUUUAUUGUCUACGCUGGCUGCUUGCAGAAAGAGCAAGGCCAGGGAGGCUUCAAAGACCUAGAUGCCAUGAAAAGUGAUCGCAUGAAAACCAUUCAGCUCAAUGUCUGCAAUAGUGAAGAGGUGGAGCGUGCGGUGGACUCUGUGACUGCCUCCCUGAAGAACCCACAGGUUGGACUCUGGGGUCUAGUCAACAACGCUGGGAUUUCCACUUUUGGGGAAGUUGAGUUCACCAGCAUGGACACAUAUAAAAAACUGGCUGAAGUGAAUCUCUGGGGGACUGUCCGCACUACAAAGGCCUUCCUGCCUCUCAUCCGGAGGGCCAAAGGCCGUGUUGUGAACAUCAGCAGCAUGUUGGGGCGGAUGGCAAGCCCGGCUCGCUCCCCUUAUUGCAUCACCAAAUUUGCUGUGGAAGCCUUCUCUGACUGUCUGCGCUAUGAGAUGCAGCCACAUGAGGUGAAGGUCUGCAUUGUGGAGCCUGGGAACUUCAUUGCCGGCACCAGUCUGUACAGCCCUGAAGGCAUCAAGGCCACUGCCGCCAAGAUGUGGGAUGAGCUGCCUGAAACAGUACGCCAGGAUUAUGGGCGCAAGUAUUUUGAUGAGCAAGUGGCCAAGAUGGAGACAUACUGCAAAAGUGGCUCUACAGACCUUUCUCCUGUUAUCGAAAGCAUCACUCAUGCUUUGACUUCUUCCUCACCUUAUACUCGGUACCAUCCCAUGGACUAUUACUGGUGGCUACGCAUGCAGGUGAUGACUCAUUUGCCAGGUGCUAUUUCAGAUCGCCUGUACAUUUAUUGA